AUGUUGACAAAACUGCUUCGAUCCGGCUUCUUCAGGAAUCAAAUAAUCCAAACACAGUCCAUUUACAAGUCUGCACCACUUUUACAUGGAGAUUUUGAAUGGAAGGAUCCGAAAUCAGAAGAUGAAGUUGUAAAUAUCACUUACGUGACUCGGGAUGGCACUCCGAAGAAGGUGAGAGGCAAGAUUGGUGACAAUGUCAUGUAUCUGGCCCAUCGGUAAGUUUUUUUUGUUGAUUUUUGUUUGUUUUAGGUAUUAGAACUUGUUUUAUAUUGAACGGAGACAAUCAUCUUCAAAUUCAAUCACUAUAUACCUAAAAUAGUGUUUUUAGGUAUAACAUUGAAGUAGAAGGUGCGUGUGAAGCCUCGUUAGCUUGUUGCACGUGUCAUGUGUAUGUUGAUCCACAAUAUUUUGACAUAUUGCCAGAACCAAAAGAGGAGGAAGAAGAUAUGUUAGACAUGGCUCCAGUUCUGAAGCCGACUUCUCGCUUAUCGUGCCAGAUUAUUCUGACUAAGGAACUCGAUGGAAUCACCGUGACGUUACCACGGAUUACACGCAACUUUUAUGUUGACGGACACGUUCCUGAACCUCAUUAG